UCGUUCCCUCCGCCCUUUCUUCUCCUCCCUCUUUCCUUCCUCUCUUUCAGUCGAUCCCCCUGUCUCUCAUUCUCUCUCUGUCUCUGCUUGUCUCCCCGUCUCCCUCUCGGUUUCUCUCUUCCCCCUUCCUCCCUCCCUCCGGGCAUCCUCUCCCCCCCCACCCCUUCCCUUCCUCCUCCCUCGCUCCCCUCCCCCUCCGCCCCUCGCAGCCCCGCGGCUCGCUGCUCCCCAGUCAGCCUCCCCGAACCAGCGCCGCCGCCGCCCGCACUCGCCGCAGGACCGGCCCGCCCGGCUCCCCGGGGUGCGCCUCCUCGGCCCCGCGCCCUCGGGGCUCGCUGGCACAGCCUCCUCCUCCGGCUCACGGCCCCGCCCGGCCCGGCCCCAGCCCAGCGCCCGAGCGCGCCGAGGAUGUGAGUCCUGCUCGCCUCUGCGGGAGCAGCAGCCACUCGCGCGCCGAGCCGGAGCGCAGCGCAGCGCAGCCGCGGGCGCUUGCGGGGUCGCUCGGGCCGGCUGCGCGCUCCUGCCCCAGCGGCGCCCCCCGGCCUCUCGCCGGCGCCACCGCCGCCGCAGCCCGCGGGCCGUCCCCGGCCGGCCGUCCCCGGCCCCAGCGCCGCUGACCCUGUCCGCCGCGGGCGGGGACGCGGGCGGAGGAGGUGCCGCCGCGGAGCCCCCGGACGCGACCAUGUCGGAGGUGCUGCCCUACGGCGACGAGAAGCUGAGCGCCUACGGCGACGGCGGCGACGUGGGCCAGAUCUUCUCCUGCCGCCUGCAGGACACCAACAACUUCUUCGGCGCCGGGCAGAACAAGCGGCCGCCCAAGCUGGGCCAGAUCGGCCGGAGCAAGCGGGUUGUUAUUGAAGAUGAUAGGAUUGAUGACGUGCUGAAAAAUAUGACAGACAAGGCACCUCCUGGUGUCUAACUCCCCCAAAGACAAUGAGUUAAGGGAGAGAAUAAGAAUGAGAACGGCGAUAACAGUUAUUGGCAAAAAGAGCGUGAAAAGAGAAAGCACUUUGAAAUUUAUUACUAGCUUGCUACCCACGAUGAAAUCAACAACCUGUAUCUCGUGUCAGGCCGGGAGACAGAUGAGGCGUGAGAAGGAGAAGGCUCUGGGCUCCUUUGCAAAAAUAAAAAUUUAAAAAAAUUUUUAAAAAAUUAAAAAUCACUAUAUACACACAUGUAAAGAAAUAAAGAGAAGUCUCAGUUGCAGCUAUUUGUCAAAAUUAAUAUCCAUUUCUUUUUAUAUACAGUGAAUAUUGCGCAAUUAUAGAUCUGGAUUUUGAACCACUUAAAUAAUGAAGCAGCAACACCGGGUGUUUUGAGGUGUUGGCAUUCUUUGCUGAUUUGGCUGUUCCUAAUGUUUACAUUAUUUAAUCUUGCAAAAAUGAUUCUGUGCACUUGGAUGUGAAAUGCUGUCCAGUUUUAUUUUUUUAUGUUGUUAUCCUUGGAUGUACAAAAAAAUCAGAAAAUGAUCUCUAUAGAUACUCCAUUCUAUUUUGGUCAUCUUUUGAAGUUAUCAAGAAUGUGUUUAAAACAAGAAGAGAACUUUUCUAAGGAAUCAUACAUAGAAAGAAUCCUUGCUUUAUUUUAAAAUGAAUUGUAAAGCUUGUGUUUCUUUGUUGCUGCAAGCUAUUUGCCCAAGUUAAUGCAAAUGAACACAUUUUAUAUGUCAGGAAAAAAAAAAAAGAAAAAAAAAUGCUUGAGCUUUUUCUAACCUCUCCCUGCAGUCUAUUGUGUGAGCAGCCUGUUUUUUUCUCUAAUAUUGUGUCAGUUUAUUCUCUUUAAUGGACUGUAAAAAAAAUGUAAUCACAAGAGUGCCAAAUAUCUUGAAAUGCCAAAAGGCAUUUUGGUUUCUUUUCUUUUCCCUGUGCUCUGAGUCCACGUAAAGGAAUGCUUGGAGUGUCUUUUUCUGUUAUUUAUAGGGGUUCUCUUAAGGCACACCAGCUGCCUGUUUUGCAUGGUAUUUGCAAAAAUGCCUCUUGCGUGAGGAAAUCUUUUACCAUUUUUUUGUUUGCAACUUUGGACCUCAAGAGGUUUUUUCCUUUCCCUACCCUGUUCCCUCUUUUCUUAAUUCGAUAUUCUGUAUGUUGCACCUUUAACCAGCACACAGGGCUAUUUCUCCAGUGUACAAUAAAAGAACAGUUCCUGUGUCUCA